AUGGUCUUCUCCAAGCUCGCCCUCGCCAGCCUUCUGGCUUUGGCUACCGCUGCACCAAAAGACACCCCAACCAAGCGGCAGAUCUCGCUGCCCCCUCUCAUUCCUUCUAUUCCCGGUGUGACGGAGCCCCUUUCCAGCAAUGCUCCCCCUCUCCCCAUCCUCCAACUGCCUACCCCGCCGCUCCCUGAAGUGCCCUACACUCCAAGCAACAUCAAGCCAAAAAAGAUCGGCUACUUCUGGACGGGCUCGGGAGACAACCAGCACGCCGACUUUCUCGCCUCGUUCAGCUUGGACGAUGACACCUUUGGCACUCUGCUGCGUCUAGUUUCGGUGCCAACGUCUGGCAACAGCCCGCAUCAUCUCGGUGUCUCUUCUGAUGGAAAGACGCUCUGGGCUGGCGGUCUCCUGUCGCUCCUAAAGACCCAAGACACCGGAUUCUAUUUCGACGUCAGCAACCCAUACGAGCCAAAGUUUUUGAAGAGUGAUCGAGCUCUCCUCGCCUCUAUCUCCGACGAUGUGGUUGCAAAGCCUGACGGGGGUUUCUUCUUCACCUAUAUGGGCUCUGCAGUCGGAACUUCUCCAGGUCGCCUCAUUGAGACCGACGCAGAUUACAACAUCAUCCACCAGUGGCCAGAAGAUGUCCCCGGCGUGCUGAGUGUGCUCGACAGCCAGUUCUCGCCCCACGGCCUCGCCGUCGACUAUGAUAACGGCUACAUCUAUACUUCUGACUUCGUCAUUCCAAUCACCGUUCUGAAGCCAAGUGCCGGCAUCGUUGGAGGACACAGUGUCCGCCUGUGGGACCUCAACACCCGGACUAUUCUCAAUAGCGUUCAGAUCCCGAACGGCGGUGGGAUUCAGGAUGUCAAGCUCAUCCCAGGAAAUAAGGAGGGUGCUGCGGUAGCGACUGCGGUGGGACUCGGUCAGAUCUGGAUCAUCUACCCAAAGCGCACCGACCCCGUCUCUGGCAAGCCUGGUGUGGCAGAGCUUCUCUUCGAUCUGGGGGAGAAGGCUCGCAACACCGUCGCCAUUUUCUCCGCCAUUACCAGCGACGGCAAAUACAUGUAUGUCACCGCCACGACUGCCAACCACGUCUACCAGCUCGACAUCUCCGAUCUCGACAACGUCAAACGACUGGAUUCCGACAGUGAGGUUCAGCCGAUUGUCGGUCCUCAUUACCUGAAGAUCACUCCAGACCAGAAAAAUGUUGUCAUUACCGAUUACUUUGUUCAGACUGGCGACAUUGGCAUCCUCAACACUCCCUCGGACUACGUCGCUCAGUACAUCGAUAUUCUCGACGACGGCCGCCUCAGCUUCAACCGCUCCAUCAACUUCCCACAGGUCUUUUCGAACCGCGGCGGCGCCAGGCCGCACUCUACUGUUGUCUUUGAUUUGACGGACCCAGCCAAUCCCAAGUACGACACUGGAGCAUACCCGGGCGCGCCAUGA